AUGGUGAAAAUUGAUUUAAAUGAUGAACCGGGAUUUGAUCCAGAACUAAACAUGGAACAUGAACUGCCAGAAGAACCCAUGUUAGUAACAUCGACUGCUGCGACUAUUAUUCCUUCCGUUACACAUAUCGAAGUUACUGGAGAAACAGUCACGCAGUUAACGACCACAAAAGAGUCUAUGAAAGAUGUGGUCGUGAACUUUGUUGGUGAUAAAGCGAAAACUCUAACAGAUAUUGCACGAAAAAAAGUGAUGGAAAAGACUGGUUUACCUGAAUGGAGUUUUGUAUUUUUGGGCUUAAUUUGUCUUACGUUCAUUCUCCUUUGCGCACUUUUGAUGAUACGAAAAUUGUUCAGCAAAAAACGCCACGGCGAAAAGAAACAAAAGGGUUUACGAGGACUCUUCAAUUCAAAGGGUCCAGAUUUAGUUACGAUUGGUAAAAAUAAGGUUCGGCAAAGCAGUUUAUCAGACUUGCUGAAAGCGGUUCUUGAACUUUUCGGUAGUAUGCCGAGAGGAGAUGGCCAUCACGAUCCAAUCGCUAAAAUUUUAGCAGCAGCCCGAAAACCGCUCCUGAAGAACAAAAUUGAUACGAAAGUUUGUCAUGCAAAACUAUACAAGAUGGGCAGUAAUGAACUAGCCUCAAUAGCUGAUUUAUGA